AUGGCAGGAGUGACACCCCCUUCAGACUGUUCUCAUCUCAUCGACCACAGCCACGUCCCAGAGUUUGAGGUGGCUCUGUGGGUCAAGAUCACCUUGGCCUUGGUCUACAUCUGCAUCUUUGUCGCGGGCCUCUUGGGCAACAGCAUCACCAUCAAAGUCACCAGGAUUCUGCAGAGGAAAGGCUACCUGCAGAAGGAGGUCACUGACCACAUGGUGAGCCUGGCCUGCUCCGACCUGCUGGUCAUCCUGCUGGGCAUGCCCGUGGAAUUCUUCAGUGCCAUCUGGAGCCCCUUCUCCACCCCCAAUGGCAACGUUGCCUGCAAGCUCUACUACUUCCUCUUCGAGGCCUGCAGCUACGCCACGGUGCUGCACGUGGCCACACUCAGCUUUGAGAGGUACGUGGCCAUCUGCCACCCCUUCAGGUUCAAGGCCGUGUCCGGGCCCCGCACGGUGAAGCUGCUCAUUGCCUUUGUGUGGGGCACGUCCCUCGUUGUGGCUGUGCCCCUGCUCUUUGCCAUGGGCACGGAAUAUCCCCUGGAGGCCAUCGAGGGCUACCAGAGAACGAGCUCCUGUGUCAAGCCUACUCCCAGGCACUACAUCCCUGAGCUGAAGCACAACAUGACCAUCUGCACCUGCCUGUCCUCCAGGUGGUCUCUGUUCCAAGCCAGCAUCUUCAGCGCCUUUGCUGUGUACAUCGUCGUGCUGGGCUCUGUCACCUUCAUGUGCCACAGCAUGAUGAAAGCCCUGAUGAUCCAUAAGAAGGGGGCUGUGGCAGUGAAGGGUGGACUGAAGCACCAGGAGCAGUACCUGAGGAAAAGUGAAAGUUCAGAGGGAAGGAGCUCCAGGAGACAGAUCACUUUAUUCCUGGGACUGAUCAUCGCCACUCUGGCGGUUUGCUGGAUGCCAAACCAGGUCAGGAGGAUCAUGGCAGCCGCCAAACCCAAGCAGGACUGGACAUACUCCUACUUCAAAGCCUACGUCACCCUCCUUCCCAUCGCCGACAUCUUCUUCUACCUCAGCUCGGUGGUGAACCCGCUGCUGUACAACAUCUCCUCGCGGCAGUUCCGCAGCGUGUUCCUGCAGGUGCUGUGCUGCCGCCUCACGCUGCAGCACGCCAACAGGGAGCGGUUCCUCAGGGCCAACCAGAGCUCCGCGGCGCGCAGCAGCCGCUCCCUGCGCCCCCUGCUCUUCUUGUCCUCCAGGCGCGGCUCUUCCACCAAGGGCAAUGCCAAAGUUUUCCUGAGCACCUUCCAGAAGGAGCCCACGCCCGGCUGCAGCCCACAGGAGACGGGUUCUGCACCCUCAGAUCCCAGCCUGGAAGCGGCGCCCCUGGAGAGCGGCUCAGAGCCCGGUCAGGGCGCACAGAACGGCCUUUGUGAACAUCAAGUGUGACCUCAUAAGGCAAAGUUACUGCUUAGCAAUGAGCUUAAAAAGAUGGAAAUUGAAAUGACCCAGGAAAGUGACAACAUGGCAAAAGGAAUAACACGGAUGGAUUUGUUU